AUGGAAAAUAAAGACAACUUUGAACUCACUGAAAAACAUUUUUCAAAUAUUGAAUUACAUAAUGAAGAUUUAGCUAUUGUAAUAGAUGAACAAACAGUUGGCAGUUGGGAUGAACUCAAUUUUGUUAAAUUAUAUUUUAAUCAUAUUUUAAUUAAAUCCAAUAAUAAUAAUGAGGAUUCAGCUAUAAUAGUUGGUAAACUAGGAGUUGAACAAACAGCUAGCAAUUGGAAUGAACUUGAUUGUAAUGAAUUAUAUAAUGAGGAUUCAGCUAUAAUAGUUGGUGAACUUGAUUGUAAUGAAUUAUAUAAUGAGGAUUUGGCUAAUAUAAUGAAUGAACCAGCAGCUGGGCAAAUAUUUGGAAGUUGGAAUGAACUUGACCAUUUCAUAUCUUUCUAUGCAAAAUCACAAAAUUUUGUGAAUGUUAUAUAUGGCUCAGAAUACAGGUCAGAAUUGCAAUUCGAUUUAAAUAAACAGUCUAAUUUAAUUAAACAAACUGAUCAGUUCAAUUCACAUGAGGAUUUUAAUACCUUCGUUGAAGAUUGUAUUGAUAUAUCUGCUAUUUUUGUUAAAGAGUUAAUACCAUCUACAAAACAACAUCCAUUUAUCAUUGGAUUGGGUAAUUCAAAGACUUCUAUUAGUGUUGAACAAACUUUUCCUGAUUUAUCUUUUCGUCAACAGGAAUAUGAUGAUGAAACUACAAGUUCUAGUUCCAGUGACAAAGAAAACUUCAUCAUAGUUGAAAAUCUGAUAGUAUAUCCAAAGAAGGGCGCUCCAAGAAAAAAGUGGUUUAAAGCGUCUAAUGAAUUAGAAAAAAAGUAUGUAUCUGAUACUAAACAACACUUGGAAAUACAAAAGACCAGAAAACAAACACAAUGUCAACAAUGUCAAAAUACUGGGCAUAACAGAGCUAGUUGCGAAGCAUGGCAUAAACAACAGAGUAUUCCAUAUUCAUAUUGA